UUUUCUGCAUGCCCACAAAGUUCAGCACUGCUCUGGUCAAAAAUCCAAGAGGUGGGGAGGUGGUUCAGAUGCUGGAGAGCUGCGAAAUGAAGGAGAAAUGCUAUCGUGUUUCCCAAGUGGAAUAUUAUUAUGAAAUUGUGCACAGCUCCACAGGACGCAGGGAGAAAAGGCUCAAGGAAAUUGAUGUGGGAAGGUGCUUGGGCAGCUGCUCCUCGGGGGAUCCCUGCUUGCUUAGCGAGUUAUAAAUGCGGUGCUGGGGAGGCAGGGGGGGAGUCGAGCUGGGGCUGGGACAGCAGAGCCAUGCUGGGGACCGUCCUGCUGCUGCUGGUGCUGGCACGGCCGGCGUGCCCGAGCCCGGCCAGCGCAGCAAGCCGGCGAGCUGAGGCGCUCAAGAGGCUGCUGGAAGUCUUUGGCAUCGAAGACCCUCCGCCCCCCCCAGCUCACUUCAAGCAGCCGCCCCAGUACAUGGUGGAUCUGUUCAACACCGUGGCCAACGCUGACGGUGUUACCAAGAACCCCGACAUCCUGGAGGGCAACACGGUCCGCAGCUUCUUGGAUAAAACUCAUGGCGAGAAGAUGCGGUUCCUUUUCAUCCUCUCCAGCGUGGCCAAGAACGAAAAGAUCUUGACAGCGGAGCUGCAUCUCUUCCGCCUCUGGCCAAAAGCCACCGACGGGCCCAAACGGCACCACUUCUGCCAGGUCAGCAUCUACCAAAUUCUGGACAAGACUGAACCGGACUCCCCCCAGGGGCAGAAGCUGCUGGCGUCCAGGCUCCUCUCACUGCAGGGCUCUGGCUGGGAGGUCUUUGCCAUCACACAGGCUGUUCGCGACUGGACCGAAGAUGAGAGUAGCAAUCGGGGCUUGCUGGUGACAGUCCAUGGCCUGGGCGGGAGCCCGCUCGACUCCCCUGCGAUACAGUUUGCGUCCAGCAGGGACCACCACGAGAGCAAGAAGCCCAUGCUGGUCCUGUUCACCGAUGACGGGCGCCGGGGAGCAUCCCUGCCCACGGCUGACUUCCCGGAUUUACAGCCUCGGGAUCCUGUUCUUCCUGCCAAGAUGACAGUGCCCAAGCUGAACGGGCCGCGCAGCACACGCUCCCUGGACCGGCUCCAGCCCUGCCAGAGGCACCCCUUGUCCGUGGACUUCGAGGAGAUCGGCUGGUCCGGGUGGAUCAUCUCGCCGCGGGGCUACAACGCCUACCACUGCAAAGGCUCCUGCCCCUUCCCGCUGGGCGAGAACAUGCGGCCAACCAACCACGCCACCGUGCAGUCCAUCAUCAACGCCCUCAAGCUGAGUGAGGGUGUCAGCAGCCCCUGCUGCGUGCCGGACAAACUCCACUCCAUCAACCUCCUCUACUUCGACGACGAUGAGAACGUGGUCCUCAAGCAGUACGACGACAUGGUGGCUGGGAGCUGUGGCUGCCACUGAGGCAGGAGGAGCAAAUGGGGGCUGCUGCUGCUCCCUCUGGGAGCACCGGGAGGCCAUGUGGAGAUUUCCUCGUGCAGAGGAAUUGCUCUGUGAGGGUCCGUCCCGCAAAAACCCACAGCGGUACCAAAGAGCCCGGGCAGAGCAGAGCAAGGAGGUGCCUGGCUCUGCCCAGGAAGGCUCAGGGCUGAACUGAAUAGACCCGAAUGAGCCCAGAGACCUGGCAGCCCCGGGGGAACGGCUCUGUUUCAGGGUGCCCCACGCAGGGUGUGCAGGUUUCCUUGCCUGCAAAGGCUUCCUGCAGGCUGUACUAUAUGUAAAUAGCAAGAGCUCUAAUAUAUGACAGAAACUGCCUGUACAGUGUCCUGUAAAUGUCUGUACAUUGCUGCAUUUUGUACAAUGAAUUCAGAGGAGCUAUUAAACGUGCUGUUCUCAGCG